AACCAGGAAAUCAACACGUCAAAGGAACUCUGCUGCUUUACUUGCUCUUUUAUAGACAUGAGUCCCACUCAGAUUGUGAUUGCUUAAGCACACUGUUUCGCCUCUUCGUUGUCACUGACUGUUCUUCAUUUGUGUAGAACCAUUUAACAGAGUUCUGCUUAAUGGCGAGUUCGUUCCCGAGUGUGUCCGAGCUGGUUUCCGGGGCCCAGCAACUGUACGGACAGAUGUUCGGAGGGGAGGCUGCUCGGGUGGCGGUGUGCGCUCCGGGGAGAGUGAACCUGAUAGGAGAGCACACCGACUACAACGAGGGAUUCGUGCUUCCAAUGGCUCUUCCUCUAGUGACUGUGGUGGUGGGUAGUGAAAUAUCCAGCCAAAAUGUUACCUUGGUAACAGCAGCAUCGGAUGCUGAUGAGCCUCAGAGAUUGGACUUAUGCCUGUCCAGUGAUGGUUCCUCGCUGUCUCCAGGGUUACCCCGCUGGGCCAACUAUGUGAAGGGUGUUAUACAGCAUUACAGAGCUCCGCCUGUCCCAGGUUUCAGGGCGGUGAUAGCCACUAGUGUUCCCCUGGGUGGAGGGCUGUCGAGCUCUGCCUCUCUUGAGGUGGCCUUCUACACCUUUCUGCAGCAACUCAAGCCAGAUGAUGGAAACCAGGUAUCCAAAGCAGUAGCCUGUCAGCAGGCUGAACACACUCAUGCUGGUGUACCCUGUGGCAUUAUGGAUCAGUUUGUAUCUGUUCUCGGCAGGGAGGGCCACGCAUUGCUUAUUGACUGCAGGUCCCUGGACGCCACCCAUAUCCCUCUAGGAGAUCCAGGCCUGGUCAUUCUCAUCACUGACUCCAAUGUAAGGCACUCUCUGAGUUGUAGUGAGUAUCCCAUGAGACGCAGGCAGUGUGAGGAGGCUGCCUCCAUCCUGGGGAAGGACAGUCUGAGGGAUGCUACGAUGAAAGACUUGGAGGAGGCCAGAGGCAGGAUGAAUGAUGUUAUCUAUCGAAGAGCUUGCCAUGUAAUUGAGGAGAUAGAAAGAACUGUCCAAGCAGCUGAGGCCCUGAAAAGAGGAGCAUACAAAGAGUUUGGCAUGCUUAUGGUGGCGAGCCACAACUCUUUGAGAGAUCUGUAUGAAGUGAGCUGCAGGGAGCUAGAUGAGCUGGUGUCUGCAGCCAUGGAAGUUGAUGGCGUGUUUGGCAGCCGGAUGACAGGAGGAGGAUUCGGCGGCUGCACUGUGACUCUUCUACUCACCCAGGCCAUUGAAAAGACCAUACAACACAUACAGGAGAAAUACAGUGGGAGUCCAACAUUCUAUGUCACAACUCCUUCACAAGGAGCGCAAAUUCUCAGUCUGCCCUGACCUUUGUCAACAUCUCUGCAUUUCUUCCAACAUGCUUUCCUCUUUAUAAGCUAAUGAUUUUUUUUCUUUUUUUUCUCUAUUUUUUCUUUCUUUAAUUUUGUUAAAAAUAAUGUCCUUUGAUAUAGACUGGUGCUGAUUGAAAAGAACUGUGUUAAUGUGGGGAAAAUGCCUUUACACUGAAACCUUUUUUAUAAGAAAGCAUUAAAUGUGAAAAUAACUUGUACCAAUUACUUAAAUAUCUUUGACAUGAAAAUCUAGCCUGAUUUUUAUAUUCAUUCCACAUUUCUAUAGAAUAAACCAUAUUUCGUUUUGAUCUUUUUUCUUACUUUUAAACAUAUGAGUAAUUCUUAAAAUCAUUUAUUGAAAUACUUUUGUUAAGCCCCUUAAAUUGAAGCUGGAAAUCUGAAAAUCUCCAUUUCAAUCACAUCUUGACUUAAAAUAUUUUGUCAUUAUUAAAUAUGUGUACAGGCCCGUCUUUAUGUUUGCCAGAAUCUAAAUGAUUCAGAGAAGGCUUGGGAGAAAGUGCUGUGGUCAGAUGAAAACAAAAUCAAGUUCUUUGGCAUCAACUCAUCCUGCUGUGUUUGGAGGAAGAGAAAUGCUGAGUAUGGCCACCAUGCCCACAGUCAUGCAUGAAAUAGUCAUGGAGUACACAUUUUGCUCUGAGGUUGUUUUUCUGCAACUUCUCCGCAUUGGGGGGCCGAUGGAAGGGGCAGUGUACUGCAAAAUCUCAGACAAGAACCUCCUUCCCCCAGCCAGAACACUGAAGAUGGGUUAUGGAUGAGUCCUGAGAAUGUCCUAAAACAUACUGCCAAGGCAACAAAGGAGUGGCUAAAGUAGAAGCACAUUGAGGUCAUGGAGUGGCCUAGCCAGUUUCCAGACCUCAAUUCUACAGAAAAUCUGUUGCCAAGUGGCAUCCAAGAAACCUAAAGGAUUUAGUUUCUGUAAAGAGGAAUGAGCCUCUUUACAGGUUUGCACAAAUCCCUCCUGAGAUUUGUGCAAAUCUGGUAACCAACUACAAGAAAUGUCUUACCACUGUGCUUUCCGACAAGGGUUUCUCCACCAAGUAUUAAGCCAUUUUUUGCUUUGGGAUCAAAUGCUUAUUUCACUCAAUGACAUGCAAAUCAAUUUGUAACUUUUAUGUAAUGUAUUUUUUCUGGCUGUUUUGGUUGAUAGCCUGCCUCUCUCCAUUAAAAUGACACUAUCAUAAAAAUUAGAGACAGUACAUUUUUUUUUGUAAGUGAACAAACUUACAAAUUCAGCUGGGGAUCAACAAACCAGCAAUAAAUGUCUAUGUGUUUGUGUAAUGUGUAGGAGUCUCAUUCACACAUAUUCAAAUAUGUUCCAGUUAUGUGCAUAAUUACAGAUUUAUCAGUAUCUGGAAAUAUG